CGUAUUGAUACACCAUCCAAAGUGUAAUUAAUAACUUCACCAUGUUCAAAGGGAUAUUCAAUGUCUGCUUUUUUGUAUUUUUACAUAUCUACCAGUAAUGUAGGUGCCCUUCUUUCCGAGGCAUUGGAGAACCUCCCUGGUCUUUGUGGUUGAAUCUGUGUUUGAGAGUUACUGCUCGACUGGAGGACCUUACAGAUAAUUGUACAUGUGGAGUACAGAGAUGAGGUAGUCAUACAUUUUUUUAAACACUAUUAUUGUUUUUAUGUCACUAUGACUUUCUAAGUAACAUUUUACUGAGUCAAAACAUUUAUUUUUAAUUAAUUUGUAAUUUAAAAAAAAAUGGAAUUCCUCUGACAUUGGUGGGUAUUGUGUGUAGUCAAGAGACAAAAUAAAUCGCAAUUUGAUCAUUGUUAAAUUCAGGCUGUAAAACACAAAAUGUGGAAAAAGUCAACGGGUGUGAAUACUUUCUGAAGGCAAUACAUGUAUUUGGUCUUCUACGUCAUUGCGGUUCUGUGUGACUCGGUUGGAAGAGCAUGAUGUUAGCAUUGCUUGGCUUGUGGCUUCAAUUCCCAGGGUCACCCAAAUGUAAAAUGUAUGCCCAUGACGAAGUUGCUUUUGAUAAAAGUAUCUGCUAAAUGGCAUAUGUGCUACUUCUCUCUACUGAAAAUGGUAGGAAUUGUGGUUGUAAAUAUGUGUUUAGACACAUUUCUGUUGUGUAUGUGUGUGUGUGAGAGAAAGAGAGCGAGCGAGAUGGGGGGGGGGGGGUUCGCUCAAUAGAUUAAUUAUGUUUGCCCAGUCAAUGCCUCCGCAUUUGAAAUGAGCAGAAGGGUGGGCUACUGACACUGCUGUUAUGUGAUGGACAGAGAGUAGGCAACAUUUCUUCUUCUUAGAUAUGGGCUGCGCUGGAGGGUGGCUGCUCCAGGCUGUGUGUCUGCUGUCUACCCUUCUGGAGUAUGGUGAGUUGAGCAAAAUAUAGAUAAUAUACCUCAUUAUAGGGGGAUUUCUUUGUUUACCAGUAGCCUGUCUGCCAAAAAGAUUGCAGUGUAUGCUAUCAUCUCAGCAGCAUAUGAUUUUGCUGUGGAGAUGAUCCAUUAUCAUUUGAAACUACGGAUUUUAAACGUUUUAUUAUGAUUACAUCAUGGUAAUAAUUGUUUUUUUCCCCCAAAAACGUAUGGUAUCUAAUUGACAAGAACGAACUCUUGGUUAUAUAAAAAAACUGAAAUAGAAGAUAUAGCCUGCCUCUGAAGAUGGGAGGUAUUUGAUAUGGCUGAGUUAGACAAAUCUAAAUGUAUAAAAAAAAAAAUAUAUAUCAAUAGGGGUUUUCACUGCAUAGAGAAUAUGUCUCUAUUGUUCUAUCUCUGCCUCUCAGUGAUGAGCCAUGUUUGGCUGCUUGGCCUGAGCUGUCAGCUGUAAUUAGUUCCCAAUGUCCAUGCUAGUUUCCCACACACAUACAAAGGGCCCGGGGAUGCCUCAGUAGUGUGGAAGGACGCAUUAUUACAGUAAUGAGAGCAGGGGAGGGAGGGAGGCCCAGGCCAGGGUCAGGAGCAUGCAUGGGACAAACCAUUUUUGAUAGAAACACAAGGAAUGGUAUUUGUGUCAUUAGUUUGUUCUUAUUUCAUUGCUACACCACCAAACCCAAUAAGUACUAAUGUGUGCCGUUCAUGCUGCUGUAUUACCUUGUAUUCACCAUAGGAUACCUCAUAUAUGUGAGAGGAAUUUGAAUAGUGGAAUGUGCCUGAAUUGCCCAUUGAUAGGUGUUGCCCUAUGCUCCAUCCCCUGUGCAGGUGCAGUGAGGGUAACCAUGAGACACUCCAAUCUGGAGGUGGUUCAGGGGGACUCGGUGACCCUGCCCUGCUCCUUCUUCACCAUGAGUCCCCUGUCCAGACUCAACAUCAUCUGGACCCUGGCACCCUUCUCUGACCCAGACUUCCCCACACAGGUGAUAGUGUUUGAUCAUGGCCAGGUGAUCGAGAACCCCUCCCUAACAGGCAGGGUGGGUUUCCUAGGCAUCCCCUGGAGUGCUGACAUCAUCCUCAACAACACACGCAUCUCAGACGCUGGCACCUACCGCUGCAUGGUGAGCAACCCCCCAGAGACUGGAGACCCUGGUAUAGGGGAACUGGCCUUUAACGUCCUGGCACCCCCCUCGCUGCCCCUGUGCCUGUGGGAUGGGGUCACUGAUACGGGGGGGAGUGUUGCCCUGUCCUGCAUGGUGGCUGAGGGGGUGCCCACUCCCGAGAUGCGGUGGGAUAAAUUGGAACCAGAGAAAAUCUCACUACCCAUCAACAUGGACGGGGACCUAUCAGGCUCUGUCCAGAUAGUCAACAUCUCGUCCCAGAACUCUGGGCUGUACCGCUGCUCCGUCACCAACCUCCUGGGGUCCCAGAACUGUUACGUCAACCUGUCCAUCUACAGCCCUCCAGCCAGCUCCCCGGGGAUCCUCCAGGGGGUGUUGUUGACCCUGUCCAUGGCCCUGGUGCUGCUGGCCCUGCUGGUGCUAGUACUGUGGCUCCAUCGCUCUGGCCAGAAGAGGAAGUGGACGGAGGGGAAGGAAGAGGAGUGUUAUAACGAGAUAAGGUACACUCCCUCUCUGAUCAAACGCUCCUUUGUUUGAUCCCUCAAUCCAAGGAAGACAAACACCCGGAUGCAUUCUACAACAAAAAAAAGAUUCAACACACACUGUACAACUCAUUCAAUUGAACAUUUGUUUCAUAAAAUGUGUUAGGAAUGAGCGUGCAUUCCAUUGGGGAAUGAAGAGAGUUACCUCACCGUGCCCUGCAGAUAGACAUUGGCUCCCACUAUUGAAAUAUUUCCCACAUAGAAUACUUGAUAAACUGUAACAUUUGUUGCUAAUAAAAUGU